UCGGAGCCACUGGCAGGACCCAAAGCUCCAGACUGUGGAGGUGUGCUCUGAAGCUGGAGAACUGUUUCUGUAUUUGCUGAAAAAGUCUCUUAAAGGUUUAAGUAAUAAUGCUCGAGCUUUUACUCAAAAGAAAGCAAUAUUGAGAGUGUUUAAGAGAAUAGCACAAUAUGGCUACUACUGAGAAUGCAGAGUCAGGCUCACCAGAGAACAAAGUGGAUCGAGCUGACCCGGAUGCUAAGUACCCUCUAAAAGUGCUUUACUGUGGAGUAUGCUCCCUGCCAACAGAGUACUGUGAGUACAUGCCUGAGCCAGCAAAAUGCAGACAAUGGCUUGAGAAAAAUUUUCCAGAUGUGUUUGCUAGAAUGACUCUUGGAAAUGCACCCAAGCAGGAAACAGGAGGUGGUGGAGGAGGUGGAGAGGUGCCCCCUGCUGGAGAGGAAGAAGAAAAGAAGAAGCAGAAAAGAGGUGGUAGAGGUCAAAUCAAACAGAAGAAGAAGACUGUUCCCCAGAAAGUGACGAUAGCAAAAAUCCCACGCGCAAAGAAGAAAUACGUGACACGAGUGUGUGGCUUGGCGACCUUUGAUAUUGACCUCAAAGAGGCUCAGAGGUUCUUUGCUCAGAAAUUCUCCUGUGGUGCCUCAGUUACAGCAGAGGAUGAGAUCAUCAUUCAGGGAGACUUUACAGAUGACAUCAUUGAUGUCAUCCAGGAGAAGUGGCCUGAGGUGGACGACGACAGCAUUGACGAUCUUGGAGAGGUCAAAAAGUGAAAAACCCCGAUGUGCACUUUUACCGAAAUGGAUGCGACAUGACACAAAACACGGCCAAAUUUACACAUUGAGUCAUUUUAUAUGUAUUUUAUUUACUGUAUAGAAACGAUGGACUUGGCCUCGUCCUUGGUUUUUUUUUUUUUUUUUUCGUGUCAUUUCUAGAUAGCUGCUUCCUUUCUUGGUUGCCAAAGGUCUGGUAUGAUGUGAAUAUCCCUAACACUUCACUCAAGCAAAUUGUAGGCUAAUAAAUUUCGGUCUCAUUGGCAUUUUUCUUUGUAUAAUGUUCUUUUAUUUCCACUUUUUGCGCUGAGCUCACUAUCCUGAUGUACAAUGCCGUAUAUAUAAUGUAGUAAAACAAAUUGUGCUAUUCUGGCUGUAAACUUUAGCACAUUUGCAUUGAAAUGAAUGUGACUUUGGAAGAUUUUUUUUUUGUCAACUAGUGUCAGGGAACCAGACAUAAUUGGACAGAUUUACUCAUGUCAUGAUUAAUACGCAACAACUGCCUGCCAUUGACAUCACCAAAUGGUGGGUAUCCUCCCUGGUGAUGCUCUGCGAGGCCUAUAACAGUCAUUUCUAGUUUUUGUUUGUUUUGGGUACUUUUUACCUUCAGCUUUGUCAACUUACAUCUGUCUGUCCAACAGUUGAAUCUUCAUGUGCUUUAUAGUAACAAAGGGGCAGAUUUACUAAUGUUUUGCGCUGUCACAAACUCCUGGACAGCCUAUAAAAAAGAUCAAAGGGAGAUCAAAGCCAUUCUUGGUGCAAAAAUAAACGUUUCAAAACAGUCGAAAUAAUAACCUAUGUUCUUGAAUUUCUUACCUUUUAUGUUGAAUUAAUGCCUUAUUUUCUCAAAAUAAUACUUAAGAUGGGGAAGUAAUUGCAUACUUUCUUGACAAUUAAUCAGUUUUUUUUUCCAAGUUACUAAGUCAAAAGAUUGAGAAAAUAAGUCAUUAUGAGCCAAAUGUAAGUCCUAUGUUAAACAUUAAGUUGCAUUUAUGUUCAUAUGCAUAGAAGUUCUUGUUAGGGAACACGCUAAACUGGCCAGCCUCUCUGGUGUAUGUGGUCAGUAGACUGCUGGUAAUUGCCACCUCUUUUAGUAAAUCUGCCCCAUAAUGUCUUGAAGAGAACAGGGUGGCUACUUGUGAGCACUUCAUGGCAAAAAACCACAGACCAAACACUGAUUUUUACUUAUGGGCUGCUUGUAAGAAUGUGUUCUGCUAAGUCAUAGUGAUCAUCAAAACAUACACAAAUUACUGAGGUUCUGUCAAUCCUUAUGAAAAGGGGAUGAUUAGAAGACAAGAGAAAGGUCAAUGUGUCAUUAUCUGUUGUAGCCAUUAAUUCCAAAUGAUAAUAAAAAAUGAUAAUGUAUAAACUGCA